AUGCGGCAACUAUCUCCAGCCACCUGGCUCUGUCUCGGCGCGUGCCACGCCCUCAGUAUGCCGACAGUGUCAAGGCAGAAUGAGGGAGCAACAUACCACGAGAAUUCCGGUGUACUUCAGUACGUCAAUCCCCGCGUUGGGACCAGCGGGCCUAGCCCAAAUGACAAUGGAGGCAUGAUCCCAUCUGUGUCAAUCCCUUUCGGCAUGACGAGAUGGACCCCGCAAACACGUGAGAACUUUAUAUCUCAGUGUCCAUAUCACGAUAAUGAUGAACUCAUUCAUGGGUUCCAGGCAACUCACCAACCAGCUAUCUGGAUGGGGGAGCUGGGGCAAGUCGUGCUUACCCCAGGAUGGGGUGCCGAAGUCCAGCCCCUGUUCAAGAAGCGUGGACUAGCGUUUCGCAAGACAGACGAGAUCAGUACACCAUAUGUCUAUGAAGUGUUGUUGAACGCAGAUACUACUGGUGAAAAUGGUUGGAAUCUGACAGAAGAGGCCGCCGGGGAGGGUCCCGUCCCAGGAGGUACAGGUCCCGCCUCUGAUAACGUCGUUGCGGGUGCGAAUGGCAGAUUCAAGAGAUCGGAGCCUAGUAAUACCCCAUAUGAUCGCUUGAUUCGAGCUGCAUUGAGUGCCACUGGGCAUGUUGGCCAUCUUCGGCUUGAUUUCGAAGAUACCAAUGGCGCAGGUAAUACGGCACUGGAGCCAUACAUUUUUCUUCAAGCAUCCCGAAAGAACUGGACAGGCCAAGUACGUAUUGAUGCGUUGAAGUGGGAGAUUUCGGGCUCCAAUCCUCAGCGACAGGAUUAUCGACUCGGUCCAGACAGACCAGACUCAUUCAGAGGUUAUUUCGUUUCUCGCUUUUCGCAGCCAUUUGUAGAACACGGAAUUUCUGAGAGCUCAAGUCUCUCCCAAGGUGCCAUUGAGGCUGCGGGAGAAGCUUUGGGGGCCUAUGUUAAGUUCAGGGCAAAUACGACAAGAGUUGAAGUGCGCACUGGUGUUUCUUUCGUCAGCAUUGAACAGGCGAGGAAGAACAUCGACAUUGAAAUACCAGAUGGUACCGCACUGAAAGAUACCGUACAUGACAGUAAAACUGCCUGGUUGGAGAAACUAGGGAGGGUCGCCAUUGAGGGAGUGAACACCACGGGUGAGGACCACGAUCCACGCAUAAUUUUUUACACCAGCUUAUACCACACCCUUCAAUACCCCAAUGAUUAUUCUGAGCCGACAACGAAUGGCCCGAAAUGUGUCAGGACUUUCUAUAACGGAUAUACGGACAGAAUUCACGCGAGUAACGAAUCAUACUUCCAAUCGUGGUCAAUAUGGGACACCUAUCGUGCCGAGCACUCACUCUUGACAAUAUUUGCCCCCGAGAAAGUCAAUAAUAUGAUGCGGACACUGCUUAAGAUCUUUGACUGGACUGGAAGACUUCCAAUGUGGGCGAACAUGGUCGAGACAAACAUCAUGAUAGGCACAAACGCGGACGCCCUGCUGGCCAACGCGAUAACUAGGGGCUUUCGAAGCUUUGAUUUACAAAAGGCUUGGGAGGCUAUACAUAAAGAUGCAUAUACACCUCCGGACAAUGACACGGGUCUGCUGUAUUAUGACAGGCAGCCUGACACCCCUUAUGAAGCCCGCGCCGGUUUGACUAGCUACCUGAGCCGAGGGUGGGUGGCCAAUGAUGGCUGGUCAGAAUCUGCUUCGCGCACAUUGGACUACGCUUUUGACGAUGCGUCAUGUGCUGUCGUUGCACGCGCUGCCGGCAACACGUCAGCAGCUGCAUCACUCGAUAAAAGAUCGAAGAACUAUGCGAUGAUCUGGAAUAAUGAGACAGAGUUUAUGCAAGCCCGUAAUGCGAAUGGAACGUGGGCUAAUGAUACUUGGGGUUGGACGGAGGGCGACAAAUGGGUUUACACCUUUGAUGUGAUGCACGAUGUUGACGGCCUGGCAUCUCUUUUCCACGAUGGCCGUGACGGACUCCUCAAUAAGUUGAACGAGCACUUUGAUGGCGACCACAACAUGCACAGCAAUGAACCAUCGCACCAUGUGCCAUAUCUGUACUCAAUACUAGGGUAUCCACAUCGGACGGCUGACCAGGUUAGGAGCAUCGCUUGGGAGAAUUACAACACUACAAGUUCGGGGCUCAGUGGCAAUGAGGACUUGGGGCAGAUGAGUGCGUGGUACGUCUUCUCUUCCUUGGGCUUUUACCCAGUCAAUCCCUCGAGCGAUGAAUACGUUGUUGGCUCUCCAUUCUUUGAGAGAGUCACCAUACGCAUUCCCAUCGGAGCAGUGUCCGGGGGAGAGACCAACGCGGAUGGAGCAGAAGAGAGGACUCUGGUCAUCAUUGCUCGAGGGGCACCUACCAAGCCAUACAUCAAGAAUCUCACGGUCAAUGGUCGAUCUAUUGAUCGUCCAAUUCUCAGGCACAGGGACAUUGUAGAAGCAGGCACUAUUGAGUUCGAGAUGAGUACGACUCCAACUUCAUGGGGUAUGAAGUAG